AUGUAAACAACUCGUCGCUCCAGUACCUCAAAGUUUCUGCUCUUUAAGACGCUCUGAUAGUAAUGGCGUCUGCACCUGUCACAGCAGGGAAAUGCACCUACUGCACAAACCCAUCCAAGUACACCUGUCCACGCUGCAACACCCUGUACUGCUCCUCCUCCUGCUAUAGGAACCCAAAUCAUGUGCAGUGCUCUGAGAAUUUCUACAGGGACCAGGUGGAGGAAGAGAUGCAUGGCUGCACAGUGUCAGAGGAGUCUAGGAGGAAAAUGAUGGAGAUCCUGCAGCGAGUGAAGUCUGGGGAAUCAGUAAUGGAGGCAGAAGAUGGACCACUGGACUCAGAUGAUGAUGAGAAUGAGGAGGACUUGAGUGUCAGGAUGGCAGGGAUCGACUUGAACGACAGUGAGGCUGUGUGGAGGAACAUGACAGAAGAGGAGCGGCAGGAUUUCCAAAAGCUGGUCAAGAAGGGAAACUUUGAGGAGCUAAUCCCUGCCUGGAGUGCAUGGUGGGAUCAGGAGGUGCAGCUAGUACAGGAAAUUACCUCAGGCUCCCCUACCUCUCCUUCAUACACCGUCAAUUGCCCUGAUAUUGUGGAGGUUCCCCCACUGAGUGAACUUACGAAGGUUACUCCAUCCCCUUGCCUUCCCUACAACAUCCUCAACGUACUGGCAGCUUAUGUGUGGACAGUGCGGCUCUUCAAUGGUGACCACCAGGACAGCAGCCAAGAUGCCACUGAGGCCAUCCUUACCCUGUCUUCUGUCCUGGCCUCUGGUGCAUCCUAUGAGGAGGCUGCAUUGGCUGUUGAAAGCCCCAAGAUGGAAGCACAGAAUCACUUGUGGCUUCAAGAGAGUGAAGAGUUUGCAAACACAGUAAGAAGGGAUGUGUGGAAGAUCCUGCAAGGUCCAACCUCGAGUAACAAGACCUACUACAUACGAGCAGCCCUCUCUGAGAUACACGUCCUCCUCAACACCUGCAAGACAGCCCUGGCAAAGAAAAAAAGGUCCUCAGGACCAAGGAAGGGGAUGUUUACCUCUACAUUUCCAGAAGAAAACACUCAGGUGGAACUCAAAAUAACUACACUACCCAUGGUCAAGGCAGUUAUCAAGAAGGUGGAGUUCCUCUUGUCUUAUGCACUGGAAUACUCAGAGCUCCUGGCUGCCAUGUCUCCCCCCUAGGAUGGCAAGUCUAGAGGAAGACUGAAGGAGCCAUGAGAAAAAUGUUGUUACACACUGUUCUGGUCUUUUAUUUGCAGCUAAUAGUCAAAGAAAUCUUCAGAGUGUCUGAUGAGUAAUUUGAAAACUGACCAAGGUUGUGGUUAUGCUUGUGUGUUUUUUUAAUUGCUCCCUAAGAAACCAAGACCUUUGAGAAACUAAAGGAUCCUAAGGUGAGAUUUUAGCCUCUCAUCCUUACAGUUUUCUCCCAGUGAAUCACAGCAAAAGUAAAACUUCCAGUGAUGUGCCAUAAUUUUGUAAUAGAUAAUAUUUUAUCAUUGUACAGGAAAUACAACACAAGUAUUUUUGACCAUUUCCUGCAGUACAAAACUAUCAAGAUGAGGAGUGUGAACAAAGGGCUUGCUUGAUCUUUGGCCUGGUGCCAUGUCAUUGAUUCCCUAUAGUGUUGAAAGUUCUCAGCAACCUCUGUCUUUUAUGUCAUUCAUGUCAAAAUAAAAAAAAAACAAACAAACUUAUACUUAAGGCUAAACUGAUUCUGUGAAAUAUUUUAAUUCUAAAGUAAUUUGACUUAUUUUUUAAUUACUCGCUCUCUUUUGUAGCUCUUCUUUCUCGAGGGUGACCCACUUGCCCGUCCAUGCAGAUGGGCAUGAUAUCCCACAGUUAUUUAAUUUCAGUCUGCUGCACCUUCUCAUUUCAUACAAAGUUCCCCACUUCAGCCCACUCUUUCAAGUUCAUUUUUAUACAUACCUACUUUCCAAUUACUUUUCAAUAAUUUUUGAAUGACCUAACAAAGUAGGAAAGACACUUAACCAAUGAGGAGUGUGAUAAAUAAGGAAUUACAUGUCCAAGAAGACUGGUGUCAGUAGUGUUGCAUGGACAAAACACUUGUGGCACGACCACUGAUGAUGCUUAUAGUAAGGAAUCAGCUCUGCGGUGUAGAGGUUAGUGUGCUCAGCUCUCAUAUCCAAGGGUUCAUAUCUUGGGCCAGUAAAAGAAUUUGGAUUUUGUGUUCAUUCAUGCUGUACAGCCUCCACAAAGAUGCCCAAAGUGUGUGGCAUUUUGGUAAACCUCCCCUAGUGAUUGGGGGAGCCUUUAUCCUGCACUGGGGUCAUAUACAUAGACUGUUAGUCUAUAGUAUUGCUUUUAAUUGCCAUCACACUUCUGCUUACCUCCUCUGCAGUGCUCAUCCAUUAACUCUCUCUCUCUCUCUCUCUCUCUCUCUCUCUCUCUCUCUCUCUCUCUCUCUCUCUCUCUCUCUCUCUCUCUCUCUCUCUCUCUCUCUCUCUCUCUCUCUCUCUCUCUCUCUCUCUCUCUCUCUCUCUCUCUCUCUCUCUCUCUCUCUCUCUCUCUCUCUCCACUUGAUCUUAUGAGCUACUUUUCUGAAACUGAAAAAAAGAAGCCACACAGAUGGUGGAAGAAGCAAUAUUAGGGGAGGACAGCAUGUUUCUUCUCACAUGCUGGCUGCAAAGUACAGUAUACAUAUAUUAACUGUGAUGUAGCUCAUGUUCUACAACCCUUGGCUUUUAAAGUGUCUUCCCCCCUCUAGGAUGCAGUGUAUCCUAAUGUUUGUAUUUAGGCUGUCAGUUACCAGUGGACCUGUAGCACCUCUUCAGUCCAUUCUGCAGGGUGCCAGUGUAUGUGCCCACAGUGUUCUAUCACUUGGGUGACGAAAAAGCUGGUAGUAUUUGCUUCAGGGUUUUAGAGGGCAUUAUGGAGCUUGCAACCUGUGUUCAAGGAGCUAUUCAUGAGCAUAACUUUGUACAUGGGGUUUGUAUGAAUACAUAACAUAUUUGCAAGCAUAUCGCAAUUUAUUAAAAUCUAACUGCUUUUGAUAUUUUUUUGCAAGAUGUAUUUUCUUAUAUCUUCCCUGUUUUAUAUGAUUGUUUUCUAUAUUUUUUCUAACAUGUAAGAUAUUCUGUAGUCCUACUGUGUGGGGUCUGUUGAAAAAUGUCCAACCCUAUGGAAGGGAGAGAAUGUCUUACCCUGUGAUUCCAUGUUCAGUCUCCUUUGGAAUGGUCUCUUAGUGACAUUAAUCACAUUGAUCUUCCCAUCCCACUGACCUCAGUAAUGUUGAUGAUGAUCCUCAUAGACUGAAAUGACUGUAUUCAUCCCAAUUAUGUAACACUUUACCCUGAGCAGUUCUUUUCUUACUGUAAUGCUGUAAUAGAAAUGUUGUGAGGACACCUUCCCCUUUUUUACUGUGAUAUUACCCAAAAUAAAGUGUGGAUUAAAA